GGCGAUGCAUUCAAAAAGGUUUCUUCUAAGGUUCCAAAAAAGGUUCAUCAGUUAUCCAUCCUUUGUUGGACUUCGCUGGAUAAAAUGUUUCUAGAGCUCUGGGAUCAUUGUAAUUUCGCCAUCGCCACUGUCAACCAAUGAGGGGAAGAGGUCACCCAUGGUGCAUCAUUACGGUGACUCCUCUCCUUUCGAUCAGUCGUCGCCAAUUGAGUUUUGUUCAGCCCAUAUUAGAACUGAAACCUAUAAAGAAGCACGCCUUAUCAAUUAUACCCCCUCAAAAUGCAGCACGGGCCAAAAGCAUCACAAACAAAGAACAAAAGAAAAGAAAAAUGUUCCCUAGUCAGUACACUGCUUCUCAUUUCUCUAUCCACUCCCAGGGUGAUGAGGGGAGUGGCAGUAUAGUCUCUCCUAAUACGACUAUCUCCAGUCGACGGAAAAGGACAGCUCAAGCUUGUACUACUUGCCGCCGUAGGAAGGGCAAAUGUGUGCCUCCUCCUUCCAUUGAUGGUCCUUGCGCUUUCUGUUCCAGUAGACCGGGCACAACUUGCGAAUUUGUACUUGCCACUAAUAACAACGAGGGAUACAGCUCUGUUCCAGUUGUCUUCAUAGGUGACAAACAUAUUAUGGCCGACCCGUCCCAAACCACUGCUUUCUCAUCUACCGUCUCUGGCACACAUGGAUACCCCUACGAUAAUCCAUUGUACCCUCCAAACCCUAUUAGCACCCAAUUAUCAUGGGAGGAUGCUGCCAUAUUGCAAAACCCGACCAAUUACCUAGGCUCACAAAAGACUGGUGCUAGUAGUGACACGGCCGGUCAGCUCCGCUUACAGCCAUUUACACCCAAUAAUAGUCAUACCGCAAGAGAUGACGCCAGCACGGGUAACUGGUAUUUCCAAGAUACCUAUACGGAUUACCCGCAUACGGCGCCUCUGACACUUCCUCAGCAACAAUCUUCUAUGGUCUUUCAACAGCAAUUCUUGGGCGCCCCUCCAAAGUACAAUGCUGUCAGUUACAGUGACGACCAAAGGAGCUAUUAUUUUGAGCAACGGCACUCGAUUGACCCAACUUUGGAAGACAACGGCGGCAUGUAUGGUGUUUAUGGGGACCCGUCUAGCUUGGCCACCGUCCUUACUUCCAGUAGGAAUACACCAUACCCACCUACUAGUGAGCAUUAGCGGGAAGAACAAAGUCCUGGAGAUUACCAGUUAAGCUGGUCCUGAUAAAUAGUUUCCGAACUUUUUGCAGAAAAGUGUGGAAUGGAGUUGCAUAUGCAUGUCUUUCGAGUGCGCUGCUUCAUCUUACGGUGUGCAUCGAAUGUAGGUAGGCUUGUCUGCUGUCAUUGUCCGGAUAUGUUGAGCUCGACCGACGAUCACCGGCUAGGGGGAAGUUCAAGAUGGCACGGGCUGCAGUAAUGGCUUGUCAUAUAUAUCUAGGAGGACGGACCAAGUCCACAAUCUGGUCAUGCCCGUAAAUCCAAUAAUAUCGGUAUCUGUCUGUCUGUCCUGGCUUGUCUUGUCUACACCAGAUGGAUACCCUUCUGUAAGUUCUGAGGAUAGUUGGACUGUGAUCAUCAUCCUCCUCGUGAUGCUUGUUGCUGUGAUGGUGGGUUGUGUACAUAGAUAGUUUGCUCCAAU